GCCAGUGUCAGCAGAAAGCAGCGCCAGGCAACAGCGAGAGGAGACUCGGUGUCUCCUUGCUGCGGUGCCGAGCUUGGGCUCCAAGCUGUUGCAUUUCCAUUCCAGGGGCAGCUACUUCUGCAUCAAAGGUGGAAGAAGCAGCCCAGACUUCUCCGCUGAGUGCAGCUGCUGAACACAAGACAGGAAAGCGCAGAGGCUGUGGGGAGAAACUGCAGAGUAACUGAAGCAGAGCAGCCAGUGGGUUUCUGCUCUGUGUAACAGCAAAGGCCCAGUAACCUCAAUAUAGACCAACGUGUGGGUGAGAAGCUUCAUACUCUCUCCAAAUAUUUUGAAUUAUAGAAGAAGAAAUGAAUCGUGCAUAUGCUGGUGAAAACUUGAGUGUCAUAUUUGACUGGGACUAUGUUCUGUGGGAAGUUCGUUUGAAGUUAGUAGCAGCUGGAUUUUUCAUCUACCUGGGUGUAUUUCUUCUACUUCACUGGCUGGCCUCAUGGAUCAGUGCCAGUUAUCGCACUUUGUCAGCAAAGCAGAAGGUCUUCUCGAAUAUAGCUAUCGCUCGUGGCCUGCUUGGGAUUCAGAGUUGUGUAGCUGGGUUGUGGGCCAUGCUCAUAGAUCCAGUUUUCCAAGCUGACAAAGUGUAUUCACAACAAAAGUGGAGUUGGUUUCAUUGCUUAAUAGCCUCUGGCUUCAUCUUGUUUGAAAAUGUAGUUGUCCAUGUGUCUAAUAUUGUUUUCAGGACAUGUGAUGUAUUCUUGGUAGUUCAUCAUUUAUUUGCCUUUGGUGGGCUUCUUGGUCUGAUAAUUAACAUAAAGUCUGGACACUAUCUACCCCUGAUGGGACUGCUACUUGAGAUGAGCACUCCUUCAAUCUGCAUGUACUCGCUGCUUCUAAGGACUGGCUAUGCUAACACCCUUUUAUGGAAGGCAAACCAAUGGGUACUGAUCCAUAUGCAACACUGCCGCAUGGUCCUUAUUUAUCACAUGUGGUGGGUGUGUAUUUCCAAUUGGAAUGAUGUAGUGGAAAAUCUGGGACUUCCACAUUUUAUCGUCUUUUUCAUGGGGUUAAGUACACUUACAUUAAUACUUAAUCCAUACUGGAUUUACAGAUCGACUCAGCGGCUCUUUGGUCCAGUUGACUGGAAUUUUUCAUUUUUCACUGCUGUUUUUGGAUCCUCUGGAAAACUAAAUAGUGAAACAUUACAAAAGAAGAGGAUAUAGUGUUGCAACAGCUAUUGGGAUAAUAGUAAAGUAUGUCCAGAAGAAUAUGGUGCAGGUUUACUACUGAGUCUAUGAAAACAGAAUUGCUUACAAGAAGUCUAUGAAUAUAUUGAUCCCUUUGUAGAUUGCUAUUCGUGUACUGUACUCAUUUAUCAAAAGUGUUUUUUAAAAUUGUUGUUGUCUAUAUUUAAAAUAGACACACAAAAUUUUUGACUCAGGAUUCAUGUCAGUAACUUCAGUCUGGGAGCAUAAUGUAAUAAAAUCUCAUUUAGAGGGAACUGGCAAGUUAGUGAUAGAAAGGUAAAGGAGGUGUAAGUUGAUUUGUAAAAAUCCACAGAAUAAUAGGUGUAGUGCAUUUUUAGGUUUUGCUAAUGUAAAAUUGGCGUACUCCCUCAGCAGGGCUUUAUCACACUCCCAUAUGUAAAAGCUCCCAUUGACUUCAGCACGAGUUGGAUCAGGCCCUUUAGUAUCUUGCUGCCAUCGGGUUCUGACUGCAGCUUUCAUGUGUUGUAUUCUUCACAUUGACGUGAUUUGUUUGUUAAAUCAAUUUUUAUUCUUACUUACAAAGCCUACCAUUAUCUAGCACAACAAUGCAGAAUUCCUUGUAUUAUAGAUUCUAGCCCAAACUCAAGCUCUUCCAGAUUGCCAGCUGUGUCCAAGUCCUGUACAUUUUAAUUCUUGUACAGUAAUUGAGGAUUUAUAUACUGUGCCCUCUCUUUCUAGAACGCUCUAGCAUUGAUCUCAGGGAGACUCCCACUUUACAUCGAUUUAGAAGUCAGUUUAAACUGUCCCCGAAAACACUGAAUAUAGUUGGGUUCGUUGUACAACAAAGCAUGUUUGGAUGAUAUGCCAUCUUUGGCUUUUUGCAUAAAUCAGUAUUUUGUUGAAUAAUUAUAAUUUGUGUGACUCUUCCAAUCUCUGUUUUACUGAUGAAAUGGCUGCUGCUUCGCUGUUCAACAUUUUUCCAUUGUAGCCUUGCAGUGAUGAAAUAAGUUUUACAAUGUAUGUACUAAAGUAUCAUUCUGUGUAGUGACAAUGUUUUAUUAUAUAAAUUCAUGUUCAGCAACUGGGAAUAACCCCAAUAUAAAUUUCUCAUAUUAACCCUGUUUUAAAGGAACAGGUAAAAAACUGCACACUUUGAAUGUAUUACAGAUUCUUAAUGUCAAUGCAGCUUCACAGUGUUUGUCUUGUGUACAAGUGAUUAAAAAUGCACCAC